GUAACACUGGACAAGAGAUAAGAAAACAGAACAUUGUGCUUGUUCUCAAUCCAUCAAUGGCGUCACCAUUAUCUUCUCUCUCCUCUUCUUCUUCACUCUUUCACCACACCUUCACCGGAAGCUCGAAGGUUCCAGUUCACUUCCCCAACCAAACUGCGCACUUUUUUGUCUUCGCUCAGAAGAAGGCAAAGAAAACUCGAAAGAUUAUUCUGAAGGAAGAUGUGGCUGACGUGGGAAAGCAAGGGCAACUCCUUGAUGUGAAGGCUGGUUUUUACAGAAAUUACCUGCUUCCUUUGGGAAAGGCACAACUUGUUACACCUGUGCUACUCAAGGAAAUGAAAAUAGAAGAAGAAAGAAUUGAGGCUGAGAAAAGACGGGUAAAAGAAGAGGCACAACAACUUGCUCUAAUUUUUGAAACUGUUGGGGCUUUCAAGGUGAAGCGUAAAGGUGGUAAAGGAAAACAAAUUUUUGGAAGUGUCACUGCUCAAGAUCUUGUUGACAUAAUCAAGGCUCAGCUUCAAAGGGAGGUGGACAAGAGAGUUGUUGAUCUUCCAGAGAUAAGGGAAACAGGAGAAUAUAUUGCAGAGUUAAAGCUUCACCCAGAAGUUACAGCUAGAGUGAAGUUGAAUGUUUCUGCCAACUAAAAGCACAAAUAUUUUCUGAAGUUCCUUUGCUAAAUGGACACUUUGGAGCUAGUUACCUUUGUUCAAGGUGCAUAACCAUCUUAUGAUGAUGAAUCUUGAAGCUUCAAGCAGUCUGUGAUCUUGUAAUCAUGCCCUGACUCUCGGAUGAGGAAGGGUUUGUCAUAGGUCCAAAAUGAGAACUGUCUCUGAUUUGAACAUUUUUGUUCUGUUCAUACCCCAUUCUUGAAUGUUUAUUCAUUUGUAGGACAAUGCAAUGCACUAUUUUGGUGGUAAAGGCUAUUUUUUCUUUGAUC